AUGUUAGUUGAAGAGUUCGGAGUUGCGGAGCCCCAGGCCACCGACCGCAUGCAGCAAACUUGCCUCUUCUACGCGGCCAGGGAGGGCCACGCGGAGCUCUGCAGGUACCUGCUGGGCCGCGGGCUGGACCCGAACCUGCGGGACAGCGUGGGGCAGACCUGUCUCUUUUACGCAGCACGGGAGGGACGGACGGGCAGCCUGGCGGUGCUGCUGCAGUGCGGCGGAGACCCCAAUGUAAUAGACAUAAACAAACAAACAGCUUUGUUUUAUGCUUCGAGAGACAACCGGCUGGAGGCAGUUUUGCUGCUGCUGCGCGCGGGAUCCGAUCCCAGCCUCAAGGACUGCCUGCGCCGCACGGCCUGGCACUUCGCCAAGAGCAACGGCCACGCGCAGGUCUGCGCGGUCCUCAAGAACGCUGCUGGCAAAAGUGUCGAAGUUGAAGCAGCUAAUACGGAUUUAAAAAAAAUGUGCA